CUAGUUUUUGUCGGUCGUUCCUGAAACAGGAGCAAUUAUUAGCUCUCAGUUAGGCUAGAAAAGGAGGAAAGUUCGUUUUUCGUUCGCUUCCAUCUUCUCAAUAAUCUGUUCCUGAAUACUUCCAAAAGCUAAUUAUACUCGAGAGAAUUUGAAUAUCCUUAGGAGUAAUCAGAAGGCUGGAAGAUAGAUUAUCUCCAUAGCGACCUUUCGACUUUGAAACUUCACGAGGUUUGCCCAGUGUUCAAAUUAUCUUGCUUCUUACUUCAACAUCGACAUCGUAGUCUAAUCACGGUCGCUUGUUUAAAUUUACAGUAGCCCAUUUUGCUUUAAAAUUUGGCGAUGUCGUCAAUAACUCACGCUUCUUCAAAUGUGGGUAAGUCGUGAGCUUAGCGAGUAUUUUACCUAGCCAGUACUAAGUAGGUUUUAGUACUCUGAUUCUCACAACGUAAUGACAUGCGGAGUUAGGAACACGAGGUAGUACUGUAAUACCUAGGGAUUGUUACUCGAAAAUAGGGAAAACCUAAGAUUAUCGAGCGAGCAGACCAAUACCUUAACCAGAUUGAGAUAUCGCCCUUGCUGGGUACGAUAUUUAUUUCUACAUCAAGACUGCUGGUAUUUAUACACUUAUACCAGCACUAAGAAACCCCACUAACAUUAUAUAGUCCCGUAACCUAACCCCAGAAGUUCUCAACAAUACCACCUUUCCUCCAAUUUCUGAACCCACAUUUAUCAUCAUGUCCAGUCCUUACAAGUUGGAUAUGCACCGCCGCAAUUACACGCAGCAUGAACCGCAGCAAACAACUGCCAGGAAUCACUACAAUAUCAUUCUAAAUGACCUCCCAUCAACAAUUGCAGGCUACACUUAUACUAUUCUCUUCUAUAUCCAUCCGAAUCUCCCACUAUUGGAUCUCAACUGCUUGAUUGAAACAAAAAAUGUAAGCUUCCUUCUCAACACCUCUAUCUUCAUCCAGAUUCUGAUUGUUAAACAGGAAAUCAAAUUUCGUCAGCAAGACUGUGAGCUGGGAAGUUUGCUUAAGCAACAAAAGAGAGGAGUCAGUAGUGGUAGAAUAAUCAAGGGACUGGUUUCUCUAAUUAAGGUAAUGGCUUUUGGCCUUGGAUCUUUGUUCUCCAGAAGUGAAUUAUGAAUCUGGACGCUGUUAGAAAACAAUGAUAC